UUGGCCCUGGCUGAGUUUCGGUAGCAGUUUAGGUUUAACGUAGUUCUGUCAUUUGUUUUCGAUGACAAAGCCGAUCAAGAAGUGAUAGCCCGGAAGUGACAGUCCGAUUCGUUUCAUGCAUGUGGUGCAACACAAGUUCACUCACAUGACAGAGCCAUCAACUGUGCACGCCUGCCUUCACUGGGAGACUGAGUGUUCACUACUCCUUGCUUGGAAUUGAGCAACUGAACCUUUACCUCUGACAAUCUUCUGCCCUUUCCUAACUUGACAGUUUGCCAAGACCAUGCACCUGAUUGGGUGCCAUUCGCCAUUCCUUGAUGGCUUGCCAGGGUCAUUUAUACUCGGUGCAUUUUCAAUUAAUGGUCUUGCAUAAAUUAGUUUUCUGAAUUUAAUUGCAUUUCUCAAAAAACCAUCUCACCGAUUCUCCUGCAUCUCUGGACAUUAUCCAUAUUAUACUAGGUAAUGAGUCAUGCGACUUGGAUUCAGUUGUGUCAGCACUCUGCCUGGGUUUGCUGAUGCACAGCCAAGGCACAAGAAGCUCAUGUAUCCCUGUGCUUAACAUUCCUCGUGAGGAGUAUGCUUUGAAGACGGAAGUGACUUAUUUCCUGAGCAAAAAUGGCAUAUCUGAAGACUUGCUAACUUUCCGGGACGAGGUGGACUUGGCGGCGCUGCACGCGGCCGGGCGACUGCGGCUGACGUUGGUGGAUCACCACGCGCUGCCGGAGCGGGACCGGCCCCUGUACGCCAGCUUGGCCUCCGUCACCCCCGAUGAGCCCUCGGCCGUGGCUGUCCUGGACCACCGGCCCCGGGACGCGGUGGCAGCGGCGGCCUGGCCCCGCGACUGCGAGGUGGUCAUCAACGUGGUGGGCUCCUGCGCGUCCCUCGUCGGGGAACGCAUCCUGGCCCUCGCACCCGAGCUGUUCGACGCGCAGGUCGCGGAUCUCAUCCGAGGCACGGUCCUCUUGGACACGGCCUGCUUCUCGGCGCAGGCGGAUCGCACCACCCCGUCAGACACAGCCAUCGUCUCGGCGUGCGAAGAGCGCGGCACCGGCCACGCGAGUGACCGCUCGGCAACGUUCGAGGACAUCAUCGCCGCGCGCAAAGACGUCUCCGAGCUGACGGCGCUGCAGAUCCUGCACAAGGACAUGAAGGUCGUGCGCGGGCUGCCCCUCCCCGGCAUGCCGCUGCUAGUGCAGGACUUCUUGCAGCGCGCCGACGCGGCGGAGGCCCUGGCGGCCCUCUGCGCCAAGCACCUCUCGGACGCGGCCGUCGUCAUGGGCAUGAGCUUCUCGGGAGAGGCGUCGUCCACCUUGAGGAGGGACAUCGCCGUCUACAGCGCGGGCGGCAAGGAGCAGCCGGCGAAGACGCUGGUGGAGGCCCUCCAGAAGGACGAGAGCCUGCAGCUGGUGGAGCGGCCGUGCGCGCUUCCAGGCGUGUCGCUCUUCGACCAGCGGAACACCAAGUGCUCCAGGAAGCAGGUGCUGCCCUUGGUGCAGGCGGCGCUGUCCGCCUAGAGGCGUAGCGGCUCGGCCCCGGGGGCCUCUACAGGCUCAGGCCAUCUCGCUGGACUGCAUUGCGUGGAUCCGUGGAUCGAAUCCACCACCAAAUCCGCAGCGCAGCGCCGCCGGGUCCUCCCCCACGGCGAUACCCCGCGCCGCCAGGGCGCCUCGUGGUUGCCGGCGCGGCCGCUAGGUGGCGCUGUACGCCAAGCUGCAGCGCUGCGCCGGUAAUCAAGGCGGGAAGGCUGCGCGCGAAACGCGACUUUUGGCGCGCGUCGCUCGCCGUGCGACGGACGAGGACGGACGAGGACAAGAAGACCGCGCUGCGGCGCUGUCUUUCUGCGUUUCGGAGCGCAAGGUCAGGAUGGGAAGUGUGCAGGCCGCCACGCGCCGCCCGUACUGCGCCAUGCCCUCUACUGUACAGAGACACAUCGCCGAUGCACUAGAUAAAUAAAUAAAUUGUGGGCCAGGUC